GAUGGCGCAUGCCCCGUCUGAAAAUAUCAAUCAAAUCGCGUGGGCAGCCAUUUUGAUAAAUUGAACUUUUCAACUUAGUCCCUGCAGUGGCGAGUGAUUUUAAUUAAUUAUGUAUGUGUUCUAGUGACAAUAAUUGCUUAAAAUUCCUUGUUAUAAAUUACCGAUGGACUGUCCAAAAUGUGGCUCAGAAGUGAACAGUCUAGAAGAAAACAAACACUUAAAGCGAGAAGAGGUGGCCAUAGACCUUGGGGCGUGAAAGCUCGCACCGCCGUACUCUUUAAAGGAGGAGGCAGGAAAGUAUUCUCAACUAUUGAGAAAGCACCCGAAGAAUGCAAGAAGCUUUUAGGGGAAUGUAAAGAAAACUAUCAAGCUCAAAUAGUGCCUGAACUAUAUGAUAAGUCACCAACAGACAACAGUCAAGUUAUUAGUAAUAUCCCAGCUGUUACUGAGGAAAAUAGCGUGACAACUCCAACAACUACUAAAUAUUAUGAUUUCUAUGCUGCUACUAGCUCUUGUGAACAUAACCAAGAAUCUGUUACCAAUAAUGGUCUACCAAAAGAAGUUGAAUAUAGCUCAAUUGAACUAGAUACCAACACAAACAUAGUAUCCUGUUCAAGUGUAGUAUCCAUAGAAGAAUACACGUCCAAAAUGCAGUUUAAUAUAACAGAAAAAAAGUCUUGUGAAUACCAGAAGUACGGUCUAUUCAGUGAUAAGUUUCAAUGUGACUCUAUGUACUUUGACUACUCAACCUUAAGAACCGAAUAUCCGGAACUUCGUAUUGAGGACUUCGACGAUCUCAGUAACGUUAACACGCAGGAGUUCAACAAUAUGUUCAACGAGGGAAUUCCCAAAGACGUAACCACCGAACUGGUGUAUGAUUAUUCAUAUAAUUACGCACUUCCGUCGAAUGAUAACGGAUUGAUUACUUCGGCGGAGUCACAGGGACAUGAGAGACUCGACGCGCAGCCCGAGCAUGUCGAAGUGGUGGAUACCUGGGAGUCUUUUGAUCCUUAUCUUUUUAUUAAACAUCUGCCUCCGUUGACGUUUGAAAUGCGGUCAAAGUGUCCUGCGUUACCGUUAAAGACUAGGAGCAGUCCUGAAUUUAGUUUGGUUCUAGAUCUGGACGAAACCCUGGUCCAUUGCAGUCUUCAAGAACUAAGCGACGCCUCAUUUCACUUUCCAGUCCUAUUUCAAGAUUGCUCUUAUACGGUGUACGUGCGCACCCGUCCAUUUUUCCGGGAAUUCAUGGAAAAAGUCUCUCAAAUGUUCGAGGUGAUCCUGUUCACCGCCUCCAAGCGGGUCUACGCCGACAAGCUGCUAAAUUUACUUGACCCCGAAAGGAAGUGGAUCAAAUACAGACUGUUUCGUGAACACUGCGUCUGCAUCAACGGGAAUUACAUUAAAGACUUGACCAUAUUGGGCAGGGAUUUGAGCAAGACGAUCAUUAUCGAUAAUUCACCCCAGGCGUUUGGUUAUCAUCUUAAUAAUGGGAUUCCGAUAGAGAGUUGGUUUGUUGAUCGCACAGAUUCGGAACUUAUUAAACUACUGCCGUUUUUGGAGGACCUGGUACAAAUGAAAGAAGACGUCAGACCCCACAUCCGAAACAAAUUCAAACUAUUCAGCUAUCUGCCGCCAGACUAGAGAGGAAAUCACCCCGGAGUUCCAAUUCAACAAUAAUAUUAUUACCAAGUAAUCUAAAAUAAUAUUUACUAGAUCUGCAUCUAAACCAGGCUCUUGUAAUUUUGUUGCUUUUAAGUACUGACUAACGUACGAAAAUAGGGCUCGUUUUAGGACAAUCCGCGUGAACGUUUGUGCAAUAUGUUAUUUGUUACCACACUCACAUAAUCAAAAUUUAACGUACGCAAAAUGGUUCUUUUAAAUGACGUUAGUUUUCCCUAUUUGUUUAUAAUAAAAGUAAUAAAAAAUUGUGCUUUAAAAUUGUACAUAUUUUUAGAUAUCGUUGGUCAGUAUUUUACAUCAUCAUUUUAAUUAUUGGAAUUAGGUCAAGAGGUACAUGUCCCGCUUUUAAAUCCAUGUUUUUAUAAUUCGAAUAUACUAUAUUAGGCCACUCAACAAUGAUCUCAAAAAAUAUACAUAUACCUGGGUUAAAAACGGGACAUUUACAUUAUGGUCUUAGUGUCAUAGUGUACGCCACUGUAAAUAGGGGAACAAAUAAUUUAGUGUUAAUAGGGUUUUAAAAUUAGUAAUUUUGCUGAUGGUUCUAUUUUAAAACUUAUAUAUACAGGGUGGUAUUUGUUGAAAGUUUGAUGGAAGUUUAUGUAAAUGUAAGCCUGCAAAUGUUGGGUCACAAAGGAAUGUGGGAAUUUUUUUUGCAACUGAACAGAGUUUUAUUGUAGCCAGAUACAGUGAACUUCGGUUAUUAGGUACCCUCUAGGGAGAAAAAAAUCAGUACUUUAUGACCGACGUUACGCUUUAAAAGAAACCGAUAAAUAUAUUUUUUGGUUUAACUAAAGGACUAAACUAAUUAGAAAUACAUUUUAGGUAUGUAGAACAAAAAAGAUACAAUAUUGAUAUAACAUUGAAAUAGGACAUCAAAUUAAAUAUGUAUAUACAAAUAUAUACAUAAAUAUGUA